AUGAAGCUUCUUCUCCCUCUCUUUGGAGUCAUCGCUCCUGCAAUCGCAGCAGUCGACAUCCUGCUGCCGCUCUACGUCUACCCGCUCGCAGGUGCCUAUGACGGAACAGCAGACUGGAAUGCCGCGAUUGCUGCCAUAGACGCCCACCCGGAUCUCACCUUCAACGUCAUCAUCAACCCCAACAGCGGCCCGCCCUUUGCCAGCGAAGAAGGCAUCAAGAAAGACUGGGCGAAAUGGAUCGGCCAGAUCAAUGGCCGACCCAACGCCGUGACCUUGGGGUACAUCUCAACCCUCGGCACCGUGCAGCCCCAACCUCGCGACAUCGCAAUCGUCAACCAGGGCAUCGACACCUACUCGUCAUGGACCACGGCCGAGGACUGGGACGGAGUCGUCAGAGACAUCUCCAUCAGCGGCAUCUUCUUCGACGAGGUCAACACGGCUCCGGCUCACGUCCAGUACUACACGCAAGUUUCCAACUACGCCAAGUCCAAGACGGGCUUCGUCGUGCUGAACCCCGGCGUCCCGGUCAACACGGAUAGCUACGCGCUCUACAACGUCGCCGACGCCAUCCUGUCAAUCGAGACUUGCUACACGGCUGAUCCGGAUGCCCCUCAGGACCGAUGCCCCAGGAACACUUACACGCCCUUCACGCCCGCUGUACUUGAUAGCCUGCCGUCGGAUGCGGCCCUGAAGGCCAAGUCGGCUGUCGUGGUUCAUGACUUCUAUGAUGAUUGGGAGCCGUACCAGCCUGCUUCUCUCGCCACAUUGCAGGCAGACAUCAAUGCUAUCGUGGCUCAAGGGGUACAUAGCUUAUACAUCACCCAGUGGGGUUACAAUGAGAGCUUUACCCGAGAGCCUGCGAGUGUAGGAACUGUUUCCAACCUCUUGGCUCUUGCUCAAGGUCUGUCGUCGGGCCAGCCUUUGUGA